AUGUAUUGGCCCUUUACCUCGUUAACCACGAGCGGUAAUCAGACGUGCUGCCUUGCGUCGGGGAAGCAGGAAAACGGCGUGCUGGAGCCACUGAGACAGCAUAUGGAUAAGAAGGCGACGCCGACGCGGGAGAAGGAGGGCGGUGCAGCCUUCCGACGACCUUCGAGUCGCCGCGAUGCAGAGAAGUGGCCAGUUGCAGUGGCAGUCGACGCAGUGGAAUAG